GUGGGUGGCACUGCAUACAGGUGCUAAAUCUGAAUGUGACUUGUGUCAAACACAGUAGGCAGAGCUAUGGAAAUGACUGCAGCAGAAAUCGACUUUGAUAUAUUUAAUGUACUUGAUAGAGUCUUACAUUUUGAAGAUACAUGUAGCUUACAGGCAGAUGCAUGGAAAAAGUCAAAGAAAAGUAUAACAGGAGUUAUUGAGAACUUUUUUAAGCAAUGCUUGGAAGCUCAUCCUGAUGACCCUGAUGGUGCAGUCUUUGGUAAUCCAGGAUCAGACUGUCAAAUCUUUCAGCUUCAGAUCUAUAAAACCACUAGUAUAACUGAUGGACUUUCUGUGGCGUUCACUAUAAAAUGUGAGGAUGAGAAAUACUACAUGUGCUGUACAGAAGACAUGAAGCUUUACUUCAAGAAAGGAGACUGUCCCGACGUCAUUGCAGGAAACCGCAGUGAAAUCAUCUUUUUUCAAAAAGAAUUCAGUGAAGGUAACAGCUACUUCAAGUUCCAAUCAUCCUUACAAGCGGACUAUUAUUUAGCAGUCAGCGACGAAGGUGGAAAACAGAAACUAAUCCUCCAGAAAUCUGAGGGUUUGAAUGAAAGACAAAAGUUUAAUAUAGAAUGGUAAAACGUAUAUAUGCUAACCUCAAGCUCAGUAUGAUAUGCAUGGAAAA